AAUCAUUAAUCAUACAUUAACCCACCGACACGCUUUCUGUCCAACACUUUGAUCCUUUCAAAAGGCACACACCAUCUAUGAUACUAAUAAUUCUCUUCCUAACAUAUCACUACAAUUUCAAUCGUUCUACCAUUUUUUAGCACCUACACUUUAUUAUUUGUCCAUAUAUAUAUAUACUAUAUCAUAAAUUGAUAAUAUUAAUUAAUAUGUCAAAGCUUCAAGUUCAUCAAGUAAAUCAAUUAAGAGAAAUCUUCGCUCGAUUCGACAUGGAUUCCGAUGGAAGCCUAACAAUGUUAGAGCUAGCAGCACUUCUUCGAUCAUUAGGCCUAAAACCUUCGGGUGACGAACUUCAAUCCAUGUUAACCAAAAUGGACUCAAACGGAAACGGUUCUGUUGAGUUUGAUGAAUUGAUGAGAGCCAUAAUGCAUGAGAUGAAUGAAGAGAUUUUAUUGAAUCAAGAACAACUCGUAGACGUGUUCAAGUGCUUCGAUCGUGAUGGGAAUGGUUACAUAACAGCUGCAGAAUUGGCUGGAGCAAUGGCUAAAAUGGGUCAGCCACUUACUUAUAGAGAGCUCACUGAGAUGAUUCAAGAGGCUGAUUUGGAUGGUGAUGGUGUUAUUAGUUUUAGUGAGUUUGCUACUAUUAUGGCUCGCUCUGCUUCUCAAUUUUUAGGAGUAUAGAAACAAAACACAUUCUUUGUAGGAUGUUUAUUUUGGGUGUUUUUUGUUUCCACUUUUUAUUUUUAUUUUUAUUAUUGAGAUUCUUAUUGGAUUCAGUUUCUAGUAAUUUAAAGUUUGAAUUAACUAGUAAAUAAUAAGAAAUGUAUGACGGAAGUUUUUGAAAA